GAUAUAUAGACUUUGGUGUAUCAUUGAGUAAAAUGGAAGUAAAAGGAAUAAUCAAAACAGCUGUAAUAAGGAUGUGGCAAGGUCAAUGGGAUUGAGAUAUAAAGGGGUAUCAUUUAUAUAAUCCUCAAAGUGCUGUUGGAGUUGAGAGGAAUAGUUAUGGAAACAGAAGAGAAGAUACCAUAAUAUCUCGACUCAGAAUUGGGCAUUCCUCGUUAAAUCAAUCACUUUUAAGUAUUGGCAAACAUGAAUCCGUUCGUUGCGUAAGAUGUGGUCUUCCUGAAACAGUUCAUCAUGUCCUAAUAAAAUGUUUGUCAUAUAAGAAUGAAAGAUCACGGCUUAUAGAAACAAUGAAAUCAAUAGAUAUUACUCAAUUUUCACUGAAAAGCCUACUAAAUAAGGAUGGAAUAAUAUAUACAAUUAUACUAAUAUAUCUGAAGGACACAAAUUUGAAAAACAGUAUUUAAGAAUAGUUUUUUAUUUACCAUAACAUCAAUGCUCCACACUCCAUUUCAGUCCAGUAGACAGCGGAAAAUGCACCAAUUGCUGGUUUGCCACAGAAGAAGAAGAAGAAGACGACACCCCCAUCAAAAUGUAAACAAAACGGCGUACGUGAGACGGUAGCAAAUGUAGUCUAGAAAACUGACUUCAGCUUUGCACCAUCUCAUAAUGCAACCGAACAGUGACGUCACGUCCACGUACGCUCUCUUUCGGCGCUUUUACGCUCGACAUGAGCUUCAGCAAAAAUGUCUCACAAAACGCCUAAAACGGAGCAGCUGACAGAUGAAGAGAUAAGUGAACUAUUUAAUAACUUGGAAGAAAUUAUCAGUGACUCGAGCAGCAGUGAAAGUGACGGCGAGGAGCUGCCUCCCAACCUUGUGGUGCUCGAGAGCCUUCAGGAUGAAGCUGACUUCACCGAUGGAGGGAAAGAGACGAAGAUUUCAGAUGAAGGAGAAGAGGUGAGCCCACCCUGCUGGAGGACUACCUGCAAUUUCACUCCUCCUGGACCUGGGGUUGUUUUUGACAAUACAAAGUGUGGAGUGCAAAACCCUCCGGCAACUCCCACCGAGGUUCAGUGUUUUAAAAUGUUUAUAACGGAGGCGCUUGUUGAGGUACUGGUGCAAGAAACAAACCGGCAUGCGCUGCAGCUCCUGAAGGAGGCAUCCACAGCUUCAAAGGGAAAGCUGGCAAAAUGGGUGCCAACUGAUAUAAAGGAGAUGUACACAUUCUUGGUGACAGUCCUCCUGAUGGGAAUGGUCAAGAAAUCGUCACUACGUGACUACUGGAGCACAGAACCCAUGCUGCAGACCCCGUUUUUUGGGACUUUGUUCUCUCAGGACCGCUUCCUCUUGCUCCUGCGCUGCCUAAACUUUGCCAACAGUACGAAGGCUGAUGUGGAUGACCCCCUGUUUGUGAUUAGAAGAAUAUUUACUGAAAUCACUUCUUCCUUUCGUAGUGUUUUUGUGCCAUACAGAGAUCUCUCUGUGGACCAAUCUAUGAUGAAUUGGAAGGGUAGACUGGCAUUGCGUCAACCCAUUCCAGCAAAAAGGAAUAGGUUUGGAGUAAAGUUUUUUGCUGUGCGUGAUGUGCUCACUGGUUAUGUGCUAGAUAUUAUUAUUUAUACAGGAUCCACCACUGACAUCCAUCACUACGCCAGGCUUGGGGUCUCUGGGUCUGUUGUCAUGACCCUACUGGCCCCUUAUCUGGGAAAGGGCCAUAUUGUUUAUGUGGACAAUUGGCACAGUAGUCCCACACUGUUUCAAGAACUCCUUUCCCAUGGCACAGGGGCCUGUGGGGCUGUGCGGGCUGACAGGAGGGGGAUGCCAGCUUUCACCAACAACAACAUGACCAAGGGGCAAAUGGAAUUCCAAGAGAAUGGUACACAGUUGGCUGUAAAAUGGUGUGACAAAAGAGAGGUUCAUGUCCUAACAACUGUCCACGCAUCCAUCAUGGCAGUUUCACAGAAGGUUGAUUACACCACCGGGGAGAAAAAGAUGAUGCCAUUCUGUGUCCUUGAGUACAAUAAAAAGAUGGGGGCUGUGGACAAAGCAGACAUUAUGAAAAGUUUUGUAAAGUGUGCCAGGAAGACCACCAAGUGGUAUAAGAAAAUUUUCUUCUACAUGCUUGAAACUGCCGUACUCAAUAGUUUCAUUGUCUAUCGCCAACUUGCUGGUAAGGGCAUGACUUCUCUAGAGUUCCGGAUGAACCUGAUGAGAGGGCUGCUGGAGGAGUACAGUACACCUCGGAAUCCGCCCAAGGGGGGACGUCCUGCCUCAGACAGUCCCUUGCGUCUGACAGCCAGGCACUUUCUCUCGGACAUCCCUCAGACCGAAUUACAGGGCAGGAGUACCAGACGUGCCUGCAAGGUCUGCAUUUCCAGCAAGUGCAGGGCAAAGAAAAGACGUAGCACUAGAUAUAUGUGUGUCGCGUGCAACAUUGCCUUGUGUGCUACUCCUUGUUUUGAAGAGUACCACACACUGAAAAAUUAUUGAGAAAGUCUGUCAUUUAAAAUUGAUCCUACUUCCGUAAAUAUAAUGCUAUCUUUGAUAUCGCAAGCAACAACACCUCACACCAGGGGGACCGAUCAUCAGAGCGUCUUUGAACACUCAAGGUCUGUUUUGAAAGGCUCUCGGAGUUAAAAAAAAAAAAAACAGGUUAUGCAUUAAUGGAUUACAUUUCUACAGUUCUCUUUCACUAAUAUGAUCCUUGAAAACAGCAAAUAUGAAGUUCCAAAAUGUAUUCUGAAAGUAAUUUUACAAGCUACCUUGUUCUUAACACAAAUUAGCAGUAUUAUGUUACAGCAACUCACUGUAUUAGAAUGUUUCAUCAUUUAUUAGCUUUACUAGUAUAUCUCUAUAUACAGUAUGAAAUGUUGAAAUGCUGCAGUUAAGAACACAGAGCUCUGGACACUGUCCUAUUAAUUAGUGCAGUAUAAUGAGCUUAGCAAAGAGAUUUAUUGUUGCAGAUACUGGCCAUGUUUUGUGUCUGUGCAUUCAUUCCACUGAACAAUGGACAAAUGCAGUUGUAUUAUUGAAAUGGUCUUGCUUAUGGGAUUUUACUUUUUGACUUAAACUAAUUGAUAAUUGUGAUGUCACUAUGGAGAGUAAAAGGGAUAGUUCACCCAAAAAUGAGAAUUCUCUCAUCAUUUACUCCCUCAUGCCAUCCCAGAUGUGUAUGACUUACUUUCUUGUGCAGAACACAAAUUAAGUUAUUUUUAGAUGAAUAUUUCUUCUCUGUAGGUCCAUACAAUGCAAGUGAAUGGUGACCAUAACUUUGAAGACCUAAAAAGUACAUAAAGGCAGCAAAAAAGUAAUCAAUACAACUUCAGUAGUUCAAUCCAUGUAUUCAGAAGCCAUCAAAUCGGUUUUGUGUGAGAAUAGAUCAAAAUAUUGACUGUUAACAAAAUAUAACUCUAUGGCAGGGUGGGGCCGGGCCAUGAUGCUGCACACCCUGCCCUGCCCUCCGAUCUGCCACAAACUCCUUUAUCUUUGUACAUCUUGCCAUUGCAGUCUCUAGGCAUGAUGAUGAUUUCAAGCGGAUUAUAGUUCCUAGUGCUUGACGCAUGCAGACUGGUGCUAGAAUCAAGCUUGAAAUUAUGAUCGCCAUGGAGACUGCUGUCAAGAUUUAUAGUUAAAAUAAGUUUUAUUUUGAUCUGUUUUUACCCCACUGAUUGGAUCACUUCAGAAGACAUUGAUUAAACCACUGGAGUUGUAUGGAUUACUUUUAUGCUACCUUUGUGGUUUUUGGAGAUUCAAAGUUUUGGCCACCAUUCACUUGCAUUGUGAGGACCAAAAGAGCUGAAAUAUUCAUCUGUGGCAUUCAGAAGCCAGCCAUACACAUCUGGGAUGGGAUGAAGGUGAGGAAAUUACUAGAGAAUUUGUCGUGAAAUAUCCCAUGAAUGUUGUCAUCAUAUGGGCUAUUUUUGGGAGAUUAACAAUCGAUAGAGCAUAUGCUGAAUUAAGGUAUACAAGUGGUGUCUAUAAUUGUUUUGCUGAUAAAUCACAUCACCAAGCUGAAUUAAUUGAGGGGAUUGUUUUUUUUUUAUUUAAAAACACACUUUUUAAAUUUACUUUGUUC